AUGGAUCCAAUUAUUGCUUACCAGCUAAGAAAAAAUGUGGCAAACAUUAUUCAACAGCAAAGAGAAGCAGUGAAUCAGAUCAUUGAGGAACUAAAGGAUGACCACUAUAAGGGGAUAGGGAUCUAUGGCAUGGGGGGCAUCGGUAAGACCACUCUUGCCGUAGAAGUAGGGAAAUUGGCUAGAGACUGUGGAAUUGUUAAGGAAGUUAUAAUGGUGGUUGUUUCCCAAACGCCAAACAUAAGAAAGAUCCAGGGUCAAAUUGCGGAUAUGUUAAAUCACAGACUUGAGGAGGAAAGCACAUUAGGAAGAGCAGAGAUAGGGAUCCCUCAUGGUGAUGAGCACAAGGCCUGUAGGAUUAUGCUUACCACGCGACAAAAAGAUCUAUGUACAGCUAUAGGGACCAAAGGAAUACCAUUGAGACUUUUAUCAGAAGAAGAAUCGUCGCAUUUAUUGAGGAAAUAUGCUUGCACGAGCACUUCUGACCUUUGUCCGGAGUUGGAUAGCACGGUCAUGAAUUUUGUCAAAGAAUGUCAAGGCCUGCCAUUGGCACUUGUGACUGUUGGAAGUGCAUUACGAGGAAAAGAACAAGUGGAGUGGGAAGCAGCACUACAGCUCCUUAAGAAGUCCCAACCCUUUAGCCCCACUUAUGCAAGCAAGACCAUUUUCUCCUGCCUGGAUUUGAGCUACAAUUUUUUGGAAAAUGAGGAAAUCAGAUUGUGCUUUCUGAUGUGUUGUUUGUACCCAGAAGAUCGUGAAAUAAGUAUUGAAGACUUGACUAGAGACUGGACAGGAAAAGGGUUGUUCUCAGAUGUGGACACUAUUGAAGAAGCUAGAGCCAGAGUGUGCUUAAGAGUUGGCCAACUUAAAUCAUCUUGCCUGUUGCUUGAUGUUGGGAAGGAGAAAAUCCCGGAGAACUUGCUAUCGCGCCUUGUUCAAUUAGAAGAACUUUAUAUGGGUUGGAGUUUUCGAUUGUGGCAGCUAGCUGAUGGAUCUACUGAAGGGAGUGGCCAAGUAAGCUUGUCUGAGCUAAUGUCGCUGCCCCAAUUAAAUAUUUUGUGUGUGGAAGUCUCCACCCUUCUAGCUUUCCCUGAGAACUUUGAUCUUCCUAGCAUACACAAGUUUGAGAUAACAGUAGGUUACCACUCAGCUAUAUGUUAUCCAAACUCUAGGAGGUUCUAUCUUAGAGAAAUAAAGACUGGUAUACCAAAUGGGAUGAAGCAUAUGCUUCAAUUCUCAAAGGAAUUGACAAUGUUCUGUGCAUCCAAGGUAAUACUAAAAAGUAUCUUUGAUGUCGAAGGGGGCUUAAAUCACUUGAAAACUCUUGAAAUAACUGCCAAUGAUGAAAUUACCUAUUUCAUUGAUGAGGUUCUUCAUAGCGAUGCACCUUUAGUUUUAGGAUCUUUGAAGAAAUUACAUCUUCGGACGUUCAAGAAGCUAUUUUCACUUUCUGUCCUCCCAAUCAAACCAGGUUCCUUCCAGAAUUUGCGGAUUCUAAGGGUUGAAAAUUGUGAUAAUUUAUUUUUUCUAAUUCAAACUUCCUUGCUCCAGAGGCUAUCAAGUAUUGAAGAAGUUCAUGUGUAUUCAUGUAACAAGUUACUCGAUAUAUUUCAACUUAACGAGGCAGCUUUUGAUGAAGAACAGAAGCUCCUCUCAACGCUCAAAAAGAUCUGGUUAGCUAGAUUGCCUACACUGUUCGAAAUCUGGAGAGUAGCUAAGCAGUUACUCCUGAAUGCAACCCUUCAAAAUAAACAAUGCUUCAGUAACCUAACUGAUGUAUUGAUUAGAUUGACAAGAAUCAUAGGAGAAGAACCAGAAGGUGUCUCAGCAAAUGUUCAAAAUGGACAUGUUUUAUUUCCCAACCUCAGAGCUGUUCAUAUAGGAAGCUGCAGAAACCUGAGAAAUCUAUUUUCGGCUCGAAGUCUUGGCAAACUAGAAGAGUUAAAGGUAAAUGACAUGCCAAAUCUGGUAGAACUCAUAAACAAUGAAGAAAGUGAAAGGGAAAGGGAAAGGGAAGAGGAAAACGAUAAAAUAAUCGUGCUGUCAGAGUUGAAAGUCCUGAGAAUUACAAAAUCUGGAAGCGUGGAACGGCUUUGUACAGAGGCUUUCUGUAUGGAUCUACCAUCGUUAGAAGAAUUUGUUCUUGUGGAGUGUCCUAAAAUGGCUGACACUGUUAAACGUGGACUGGGUAGCGCAUCAAAUCUUCUUAAAGCAGAGAUUGAGGAGCAAUCAUUCUUUAGCACAAUGGCACGAGAGGUUUUCAGUAGUAAGGUUCGGUAG